GCGUGCGCGCGUCCAGGCGCUCCCGUCAGGCACUGCGAGGCGCGCGGGGCUCGGAGGGCGGUGGCGGCGAGCGCUCCGGAGCAGCCCGCGGAGCUUCCUGAGGAGGAAUCAUUAUAGAUUUGAAAAAAAAUAGAUGUUCCCUUCCCUGUGGACUUGGUAUAAAACGUAGCUUUUUUCUAUUUGGCUUUAAUUUCUAAAAAUCAGCACCGUAAACCCGUAUCAGAUACAACAACACUGGGGUAGUUAAAACCAUGAGUUGUGGAAAUGAGUUUGUGGAAACAUUGAAAAAAAUUGGUUAUCCCAAAGCUGAUAAUCUUAAUGGAGAAGAUUUUGACUGGUUGUUUGAGGGUGCUGAAGAUGAAUCGUUUCUGAAGUGGUUUUGUGGGAAUGUGAAUGAACAGAACGUGUUGUCUGAAAGAGAAUUGGAAGCUUUUAGCAUUCUUCAGAAAUCAGGCAAGCCCAUCUUAGAAGGGACGGCAUUGGACGAAGCUCUUCAGACGUGUAAAACUUCUGAUUUGAAGACACCUAAACUGGAUGACAAAGAGCUGGAGAAAUUAGAGGAUGAGGUUCAAACUCUACUGAAAUUAAAGAACCUAAAAAUUCAGCGACGUAAUAAAUGCCAAUUGAUGGCCUCGGUAACUAGCCACAAAUCUCUGAGGUUAAAUGCUAAAGAAGAAGCAGCCAUUAGAAAGCUGAAGCAGAGUCAAGGAAUUCUAAAUGCAAUGAACACUAAAAUCAGUAAUGAACUUCAGGCCCUUACUGAUGAAGUUACACAGUUGAUGACGUUCUUCAGACAUUCUAAUUUAGGUCAAGGGACAAAUCAACUAGUAUUUUUAUCUCAAUUUUCCUUGGAAAAAUACCUGAGUCAGGAAGAGCAAAGCACAGCAGCAUUAACUUUGUAUACCAAAAAACGGUUCUUUCAGGGUAUACAUGAAGUAGUUGAAAGUUCAAAUGAAGACAAUUUUCAGCUUUUAGAUAUACAGACACCAUCUAUUUGUGAUAAUCAGGAAAUCCUUGAAGAGAGACGAUUAGAGAUGGCUAGGCUGCAGCUCGCAUACAUUUGUGCUCAACAUCAAUUAAUUCACUUGAAAGCAAGUAAUUUGAGCAUGAAGGCAAGUAUAAAAUGGGCAGAGGAGAAUCUUCAUAGCCUAUCCAGCAAGGCUGUGGACAAAGAAAAUUUGGAUGCUAAAAUUUCUAGCUUGACCAGUGAGAUUAAGAAACUUGAAGAACAGAUCACUCAAGUGAAAGACAAAAGUUUACCUGCUGUGGUAAGAGAGAAUGCCCAGUUAUUAAAUAUGCCAGUGGUAAAGGGAGAUUUUGAUCUGCAGAUUGCUAAACAAGAUUAUUAUACAGCAAGACAAGAGUUAGUUUUAAAUCAAUUAAUAAAGCAAAAGGCAUCAUUUGAACUUCUACAGUUAUCAUAUGAAAUUGAAUUAAGAAAGCAUUGGGACAUAUAUCGUCAACUUGAAAAUUUGGUUCAAGAACUUAGUCAAAGUAACUUGAUGCUCUGCAAGCAAUUAGAAAUGUUAACAGAUCCGUCAGUCUCUCAGCAGAUAAAUGCAAGGAAUACCAUUGAUACUAAGGAUUAUUCUACUCAUAGGCUUUACCAACUUUUAGAGGGAGAGAACAAGAAAAAAGAAUUGUUUCUAACUCAUGGAAACCUUGAGGAAGUGGCUGAGAAAUUGAAACAGAAUGUUUCUUUAGUACAAGAUCAGUUGGCAGUAUCUGCUCAAGAACAUUCUUUCUUUCUAUCCAAGCUAAAUAAUGAUGUGGACAUGCUUUCUGAUGCUUUGUAUCAAGGAGGAAAUCAGCUUCUGCUUAGUGAUCAGGAGUUAACAGAGCAGUUUCAUCAAGUUGAAUCUCAAAUGAAUAAACUAAAUCAUCUCCUCACUGAUAUUCUUGCUGAUGUGAAGACAAAAAGAAAAACUUUGGCAAAUAAUAAAUUACAUCAAAUGGAAAGAGAAUUAUAUGUAUAUUUUUUAAAAGAUGAAGAUUAUCUGAAAGAUAUUGUGGAGAAUUUAGAAACUCGAUCAAAAAUUAAGGCUGUUAGUCUUGAAGAUUGAAAAUUACUGAAAACUGAAUCUUUAUUACUCAUGCUCUUUUAUUAGGAGACUAUAUAUAAUAAACAUUACCAAAUUUUUUAAAUUUGA